AUGGGUGAUGUAGAGACAUCACCACUCGUUAAAAAGAUUGUUCGAGGUCUCAGAGGCUUAGCUUUCCUUGCCACUAUUCUUGCAACUAGUUUCAUGGCUGCAAGCCAUGAAAGAGCUAUCUUCCCUUUCGAUUACAAAGCAGACUAUACAGAUCUUAUGCUCUUCAAGGCCUUUCUAGGUGCAAACAUUGCCGCAAGCCUUUACAGCUUUUUCUUUGUAUGCCUUCCUCCGAAGAGCUUGCUCUGGCGAUUGGCUAUAGUUCUAGAUGUGAUCAUGUUCGGACUCCUUGUUGCAAUGGAUUCAGCAGCUAUAGCAGCUGCGUAUCUGCACAAGCAUGGAGAUUCUCAGGCACUUUGGCCACCAAUCUGCAGCCAAGUGCCCACUUACUGUUAUCGCGUAAUUUUAGCUAUAUCCAUUGGAUUCGGUGGAGUCUUCAUGUUCCUGCUGAUCAUCAUCAUUUCCAUCUCUGUUAUCUUAAAUCCUCUUCUCGUCUAG